UGGACGACCAUUCCGUGUAGAUAUUCCCCGGUGUCAGUGAGUUGUUGUUCGGCAUCUAGUUCACACGACAUUUCGAAACGAUUUUGUAAUCAACUAUUGUUUUUAUUUACAUUCAUCUGGACUAGCUAGAGACGGGGGUUUACGGAUUUUUUUUUUUAAUUAAUUAUAAUUUUUUAAGUAAAUUAUAAAUAAUUUACAAUGAAUUCUUCUGAGGUCGGAAAACCAAACCCAGCAUUUAUUAAUGAUGACGGUAGUAGAAUUGAUUUAAAAAUAAAUGUCGAAAAUGGAUUAUCACCAAAAAACGAGUACGAAUUAGAUCAUGUUCAAGGAGGGCUAAAAAAUACACCCGAACAAACGGUUACAGAAGGAACGGAAAGAGCAACAUGGAGUAAUGGAACUGAAUUUUUGAUGUCAUGUAUAGCAAUGUCAAUAGGAUUGGGAAAUAUUUGGAGAUUUCCAUUCACAGCAUACGAAAAUGGUGGUGGUGCAUUUUUAAUACCAUACAUAAUAGUAUUAUUUCUUGUUGGAAAACCAUUUUAUUAUAUUGAAAUGAUAAUGGGACAAUUUACAAGUAGAUCAUCUGUUAAAAUGUGGUCUGCUGUACCAGGAUUUCGUGGUGUCGGAUGGGCUCAAAUGUUUUCAAUGUUAUCCGUUGGAACUUAUUACUGUUCAUUAAUGUCAGUAACACUUAUGUAUCUACUUGCAAGUUUUAGCUCAGAAUUGCCAUGGGCUAAAUGUCAACCCGAUUGGGGUGACAAUUGUAUUGAUUCACAAAAAAAUGAUAAUAAUAAUGUUACUGUGCAAUCAGUGAUUAAUAUGACAAAUAUGAAAAGUUCAGCCGAACUUUAUUUUACAAAAUCCGUGUUGAAUGAGAAAGAAAAUAUCGAUGAUGGGAUUGGGUGGCCAGAUUGGAAAUUAACACUUUGCCUAUUUGCCUCGUGGUUGUGUAUUUUUGGUGUCUUAGUACGCGGUGUUAAAAGCUCUGGAAAAGCUGCAUACUUUUUAGCAUUAUUUCCUUAUGUUAUAAUGGUUGCACUUCUUGUACGAGCAGUAACACUUGAAGGAGCUCGUGAUGGAAUUAUUUUUUUCAUAAAACCAAAUUGGGCUAAAUUGUUUGAUCCUAGUGUUUGGUAUGCAGCUGUUACACAAUGUUUCUUUUCAUUAUCCGUAUGUUUUGGUGGUGUUGUUAUGUACUCUUCUUAUAAUGAAUUCAAUCACAAUAUUUAUAGAGACGUUAUGGUUGUUACAACGCUUGAUACAUUCACAAGUCUUCUUGCCGGUAUUACAAUAUUUGGAAUUCUUGGCAAUCUCGCUCAUGAACUUGGAGUAGAAGACAUAAGUACUGUUGUCAAAGGUGGUACAGGCCUUGCAUUCAUUUCUUAUCCAGAUGCGAUUGCUAAAUUUACAGUUCUACCACAGUUAUUUUCGUUUUUAUUUUUCGUUAUGUUAUACGUACUGGGAAUCGGCAGUGGAAUCGCACUUGCUGGUGGUAUCAUCAGUAUUGUUAGUGAUCAAUUUCCACAAUUGAAAUUUUGGAAAAUCGUUUUAGGCGUAUGUCUUUUUGGAUUAAGUGUCGGAAGUGUUUAUUGUACACCGGGCGGACAAUUUAUUUUAAACCUUGUUGAUUACUAUGCAGCAUCAUUUAUAGUAUUUACCUUCGCAUUUUUCGAAAUAGUUGGAAUAUUUUGGGUUUAUGGGCUCGAAAAUAUUUUAGAUGAUAUUGAAUUUAUGUUGAAGAAAAGACCGUCCGUUUACUGGAGGAUUUGUUGGGGUGUUGUUACACCUGUAUUACUUGGAACAAUAUUUAUAUAUAGUUUAAUUGAUCGUACACCACUUCAAUAUGGUCGUACUCUUUAUCCAAAUUCAGCUUAUGCCGUUGGUUGGACGCUACUGGCAUUUGGUGUUUUUCAAUUACCAUUUUGGAUGAUCUAUACCAUAAUGACAAAAAGAGAUUUAGGAAUUUCAGAGAUGAUUGUGAGUGCAUUUAAACCUUCAGAAGAUUGGGGUCCAGAAAAUCCAACGAAUUAUGCAGCAUGGAGACAAUUCAAAGAAACUAUGAGAAAGAACAAAGAGACACGAACAAGCUCUAACUUCAAGCAAGUUAUUUAUACUCUUUUUAAUCAAGAGCAUAAAUUAUCAUAAUCAAUUUUAUUGAUUUGAUAUUUUUGGUGUCAUGACAAAUUAUUUUUAUGACGAUAAAAAUUAAAUCAUGACAACCGUUGUAAAUAAAACUUCACUAUAUUUUGGCGUAGUAAUUCUUUCAUAAUAUUUUCGUAGAUUGUAAUAAAAGCAAAAAGAAUAGCGCGAAUUAUGCGCGAUUGACGCUAAAAAAGUUUAUCUCAUCAUUAACGAAAUAUUUAUCAUAUGAAUAUCAUUUUUGCACGAUAUCAAUUACUACUUAAAAUAUUUUGAAUUGUACUUAAAGUAUUAAAAUAGUACUUAAUAAUUUUGUAAAUAAUUUAAACAAACAAUAUUAUUUUAAUAACAGUGUCUUUUCGUGAAGAUAUUAGUUUUCAGUAUUAUUAAUUGCAAAACUUAUGAAAGCCAGAUAUAUUCUGUGAUUUUUAUAUUAGCAGCAAUAUUUCGUUAACUACAUUAAUGUAAUUAUUGUUACUCUAAUGCUUGCA